GGACCCUGAAUAUAUUGACGACACCGUCAACAAAUGAUGCUAAACUUCCACAUGAGGGUGCAUCAUUCUCAAUUGACAGCGACAGUAUGUUGACGAUUAAUGUUAAUUAUGACGGUACCGGACCCGAACUAUUCAUACAUUGA